AUGGCUCAGGUCGCGGAACAGUAUCAGCAAGAUGACCAUGCCGAAGCCUCGGGACCACUGCUCGUGGAGCGUCUCGAGGAGCUCGGUGUAUCAGCCACUGACACAAAGAAACUGCGUGAAGCCGGUCUCACCACCGUUGAGUCUGUCGCCUAUUCGACAAAAAAGCGUAUCAUGGCAGUCAAGGGAAUCUCUGAAACAAAGGCCGACAAGCUCAUCGCCGAAGCUGCAAAGCUAGUCCCGCUUGGGUUUUGUACAGCUGCGGAAUAUCAUGCCGUUCGGGAAGCUCAGCUCUCACUUACUACGGGCUCAACAGAACUCGAUGCUUUGCUUGCUGGUGGAAUCGAAACGGGUUCCAUUACAGAGCUUUUCGGCGAGUUUAGAACUGGUAAAACCCAAUUGUGUCACACACUUGCGGUUACUUGCCAAAUGCCCAUGGACCAAGGCGGUGCUGAGGGGAAGGCCCUCUACAUUGACUCUGAAGGCACGUUUCGACCCGAACGAUGCAAGGCUAUCGCGGAACGUUUUGGCCUGGACCCUGACGAGGCGCUGGAGAACGUUUCCUUUGCGAGAGCUUUCAACUCAGACCAUCAGACCCAGCUUUUGCAGCAGGCCUGUGCACUCAUGACUGAAACUCGAUAUGCUCUUAUAGUUGUCGAUUCCGCCACCGCCUUGUAUCGCACAGACUUCACCGGUCGAGGCGAGCUCGCUGCAAGGCAGCAACACUUAGGGCAGUUCUUGAGAGCCUUGCAGCGGAUAGCUGAUGAGUUCGGCUGUGCAGUUGUCAUCACAAAUCAGGUCGUCGCACAGGUCGAUGGAGGUGCCAUGUUUGCGAUUGACCCUAAGAAACCCAUUGGAGGAAACAUAAUUGCCCACGCAAGCCAGACUCGACUAUCGCUUAGAAAAUCCAGAGGGGAAAACAGGAUCUGUAAGGUUUACGAUUCUCCAAACUUGCCCGAAGCUGAGGCUACAUUUUCAAUCAGUGAAGGGGGUAUUGUGGAUGCCAAUGAUUGAGAGUUAGUGCGGAUGUGUCUUGUAGUUUCUUGUAUAAACCUUAUGGCCAAUCCGCCUGUGUUUCGACGGU